AUGUCAAUUCCAUUAGAAUACGAAGUUACUUUACCAGAUGGUCAAAAAUUUAAUCAACCAUCAGGUUUAUUCAUCAAUAAUGAAUUUAUCAAAUCAAUUAAUGGUAAAACCAUUGAAUCAAUAAAUCCAUCAACUGGUGAAGUUAAUGGUUCAGUUUAUGCAGCAGAAAAAGAGGAUGUUGAUGUUGCAGUAAAAGCAGCAAAAGAAGCCUUUAAACAUUGGAAAAAAGUUACUGGUGUUAAAAGAGGGAUCUUAUUGAAUAAAAUCGCUGAUAAAUUACAAGAACAAAGAGAUUUAUUUGGUGCUAUUGAAGCAUGGGACUCUGGAAAAAAUAAAACAACCAACGCAGUUUUUGAUGUUGAUAUUUGUAUUUCAGUCUUCAGAUAUUAUGCUGGCUGGGCAGAUAAAAUUACUGGUAAAGUUAUUCAAAAUGAUCCAAAAAAAUUAGCAUAUACUGUUCAUGAACCAUUAGGAAUUGUUGGACAAAUUGUUCCAUGGAAUUACCCAAUAGCUAUGGCUGCUUGGAAAUUAGCACCUGCUUUAGCUGCUGGUAAUGUAAUUAUUUUAAAAACUUCAGAAAUUACUCCAUUAUCGUUGUUGAACGUUGCAAGACUUUUUAAAGAAGUUGGAUUCCCACCAGGUGUUGUUAAUAUCAUUUCAGGUUAUGGAGCCACUGCUGGUACAGCAUUGUGUGUUCAUCCAGAUAUCGCUAAAAUUGCAUUUACAGGUUCAACAGCUACUGGUAAAUUAAUAUCAAAAGCUGCUUCAGAUACAAUGAAAGCUGUUACUUUAGAAUUAGGUGGUAAAUCUCCAUUAAUCAUUAGAGCAGAUGCUGAUUUAGAUCAAGCCGUUAAAUGGGCAGCUAUUGGUAUUAUGUCAAAUCAAGGACAAAUUUGUACUGCUACAUCAAGAAUUUACGUACAAGAGUCAAUAUAUGAAAAAUUCUUGGAAGCAUAUGCUACUCACGUCAAAUCAAAAUUCAAACAAGGUACUAUGUUUAAUACUGAUGGAGUAAUUGUCGGACCGCAAGUCUCAAAAUUACAACGUGAUAAAGUUUUAAGAUUUAUUGAUAUUGGUAAAAAGGAAGGUGCUAGAGUUGUAUUAGGUGGUGAAGCCAACACUGAAGGUGAUUUAUCAAAAGGUUUCUUCGUUAAACCAACCAUUUUUGCAGAUGUUAAACCAGAAAUGACCAUUGUUCAAGAAGAAAUCUUUGGUCCAGUUGUAUCGGUAGGUAAAUACACCACAGAUGAUGAAGCAUUAUUUUUAGCAAAUAACACAAAUUACGGUUUAGGUGCUGCGAUUUUCACUAAAGAUUUGGUUGUUGCUCACACAAUGGCUGCAGAAAUCGAAUCAGGUAUGGUAUGGAUUAAUUCAUCAAAUGAUUCAGAUGUUCAUAUACCAUUUGGAGGCGUCAAAAUGUCAGGUGUAGGUAGAGAAUUAGGAGAAUAUGGUUUAACUAUGUAUACUCAACCAAAAGCUAUACAUGUUAAUUUGGGAACUAAAUUAUGA